AUGAGCGUUGUUGAGAUUCAUGACUCCUUGUUCACCGUCUCGGUUCGACAAAAAUUAUCUGACAAGCUUCAACCGGUCUUUGUUAUGCUCAAUCAGAUUCAAGGUGUUUCGAAAAGCGGUGCUUCUCCAGCACAAGGGGGAGACAAGGAUCAACAACUAAAGUUUGAAACUGAUCAAAGGGAUAAUGUGGCUUCUGGUUUCGGUAAAGACAAAGACAAAGGCAAAGGUAUUUUGGAAGAUGACGCUGAUGAAAAUCAACAAAUGACUGAAGAAGAAAGGAUUUCCAUGGAAAAAUGGGACGAAGAGCUAGAUGAUCUUCAGGCCCUUUGGAAGAAAUUAUAG